CGCAAGGGGCGGGAGGAGUCUGGCGGUGAUUGAUAGGGACGGGACGAAUGAAUAAAAGUACUUGUCUAGGGACAACAACGACCCCGAGCAAGCUGCGGAGGCUACACGGUCAGGCAUUCCCUCAGCGUUUCGUCAGAGCCAGACCAGCCUGCAGCUGAAGAGAGGCGUGCUCUGUUCCCGGGUAGCCUGGAACCCAGUUGCUAGCCAAGCGCGUCCCGGGAAGGAGGUCCCCGCUGGUCGCUCUGCGCCUGCUGCGUCCGGUCCGCGAGACUCAGAAAGCUGAGGAGCGGCCACCCGACGCCCACUGGAGCAGGCAGCAGCAUGCAGCCGCUGCCCAGCCUGCGCGGACGCGCCCUGGUGGCGCUGAUACUUGCCUGCGGCGUGGCAGGGGUCCAGGCAGAAGAGAGGGGAUUCCCGCCGACCACCCUGCCACUUCUGGGGACUGGAGAGAUAAUGGAACCCCCCACUAAGACCUCCUGGCCCAGGGGGUCCAACGCCAGCAUGCCAAGGUCGUCCGCACCUCCGCAGAUUAAAGGAGGGAAGAUGGCGGGAACUCCACCACGAACCCUCACCCCUCCCCAGUGCGAAGGAUCCAUCGAGAUCAAGGAGACUUUUAGAUACAUCAACACUGUGAUAUCCUGCCUGGUGUUCGUGCUGGGCAUCAUUGGUAACUCCACACUGCUGAGAAUCAUUUACAAGAACAAGUGCAUGAGAAACGGCCCUAAUAUUUUGAUAGCCAGCCUGGCCCUGGGAGACCUGCUGCACAUCAUCAUUGACAUACCCAUCAAUGUCUACAAGCUGCUCGCGAAGGACUGGCCCUUUGGAGUUGAGAUGUGUAAGCUGGUGCCUUUCAUCCAGAAGGCCUCCGUGGGAAUCACUGUGCUGAGUCUAUGUGCUCUAAGUAUUGACAGAUAUCGAGCUGUUGCUUCUUGGAGUCGAAUUAAAGGAAUCGGGGUUCCGAAAUGGACAGCAGUAGAAAUUGUUUUAAUUUGGGUGGUCUCCGUGGUUCUGGCUGUCCCUGAAGCCGUGGGCUUUGAUAUGAUUACCAUGGACUACAAAGGAAGUUCUCUGCGAAUCUGCAUGCUUCUUCCCACUCAGAAAACAGCCUUCAUGCAGUUUUACAAGACAGCUAAAGACUGGUGGCUAUUUAGUUUCUAUUUCUGCUUGCCGUUGGCCAUCACCGCAUUUUUUUAUACCCUGAUGACUUGUGAAAUGUUGAGAAAGAAGAGUGGCAUGCAAAUUGCUUUAAACGAUCACUUAAAGCAGAGGCGGGAAGUGGCCAAAACGGUAUUUUGCCUGGUCCUUGUUUUUGCCCUGUGUUGGCUUCCCCUUCAUCUCAGCAGGAUUUUGAAGCUCACUCUUUAUGAUCAUAAUGAUCACAAUAGAUGUGAACUUUUGAGCUUUUUGCUGGUAUUGGACUAUGUUGGCAUCAACAUGGCCUCCCUGAAUUCCUGUAUUAAUCCAAUAGCUCUGUACUUGGUGAGCAAAAGAUUCAAAAACUGCUUUAAGUCAUGCUUAUGCUGCUGGUGCCAGUCAUUUGAAGAAAAACAGUCCUUGGAGGAAAAGCAGUCGUGCUUAAAGUUCAAAGCUAAUGACCACGGAUAUGACAACUUCCGUUCCAGUAAUAAAUACAGCUCGUCUUGAAAGAAGGAAUAUUCACUUUCUUUAUGUUGGACAGAAAUGCUUACAACAAUGAGGCAUUUGCCAAAACAAAACAAAACAACUGUGUGUUUGCACAAAAACCAUGUAAAAAUGUAACAGUGAUUAUUUUCUUAACACUCAGAGUUACACAUGACAUUUUAUGAGCUGUUUACAGCAUGAGGAGAAAAGCAGUGAGAAUUGAGAAAAACCUCACUGUGAAAGCACUUAAUUCUUUAUAGUCAGCACUUCGCCCUAGCUCUUCAGAACUUCCAGUAUAUUCGUAAACCACUUACAUUUAAAUUGAAAGACAUUUGUUUUUUUAAAUUCAGGUGACUCUGAUAUAAAGGAAAAAUGUGUCACUGUGAAACAGCAUUUAAAAAUGAAAUUUCAAUUACUCCAUUUAAAAUUUUAAAAAUCUUUUAAAAGAACUUUUUUAUUAAUAGCGUCACACUGUUGGUUGGACUAUAAUUGGAGACAGAAUGUGAAAGCAGUUUAACUGGUGUCUUUUUUUGGACAUUAGAGACAGAUUUAAAUGAUCAGGAGAGACUAUUGGAGAGAUUGUGAUUUUUGAAAAUCAUUCAACUUUACAUUCAGAUGAGAUCAGAUGUCACAAAAGGACAGAGAGAGGUUUGGAAUACCAUCCCACAUGACUGUUUUGAACUCUCCCGUUCGUGUACUCUGCAAAGAAAAUAGUACCUACAAUUUUUUAAGGAUUAUUAGAACAGUCUUCUUUCACUAUUGUAGUUUAAAUGCUGUUUGUUUAGUUGUGUCAUUUGUAAAUAUUUAGCUGCAAUGCACAAUGUGUAGAUGAUUAAACCACGGGCAGGCCCCAGUGUUCAUACCUUUACAAUGGAGAGAUGCCAAGAACCCGUAUGGACAGUGUGAGUUGCCUGGAGCAGUGUUCACGUGGUAGAGAAGGCAGCAUCCUCUCUCGCCCCUGCUGCAGUUCAAAUGGUCUCUGGCAUAUAUAUAAUAUGAGAGUCAAAAUAAUGACUGUUUUUUAAGAUUACAGAAGUUAGAGUCAAUUUAACAGUUAACUGUAAAGCUUACUACUAAUGUUUAUAUUAUUUUUGUAAAUAACUAAUGGAAAGGGGUUCUUGACGUGGUGCUUUUCAGUCACUUACCAGCCAAACUGCUUUCUGAGACUAUUAAGAACCUCUUACUUUGUGCAUUCUUGCCUGAUUCUUUCAUCUGCCCAGCAAAGUGCCUUAGGUUAACUUGGAUGAGAUGUGUGUGAAAGUAUGUACGGGAGAAAACAGAAGACAGAGGAAAUGAGAAGGGGUGGGAGGAAACCCGUGGGGACGGAUUCCCAUUCUCAGCCUGAUGUUCGUCAUUGCCCCGUCACAUCAAUGCAAAAGGUCCUGAUUCUGUUCCAGCAAAACAUAGUGCAAUGUUCUCAGAGCGACUUCAGGAACAAAUUGGGCCCAAGAGCUUUAACUCUGUCUUAAAAUAUAACAGAGUUUCUACUUUUUUUUUUUAACCCAGGGCCACAUGUUGAGAAUAAACUAGCAAUGUUGUUUUCCACCAGCAUCUCUUGUGAUAAUACAGUAAACUAAACCCCAGCAAUCUGGCCACAAGGAAAGGCUAUUUACAAAACACUCAGUCUUGUUAAUUUCUUCCCAAUCACUUUUUCAGAUGCUUGUCAUCACAAAAGACUUUUCAAACUUUGGAUUUUAAAUUAACUUUGUGUCACUAAUACUUUCAGUUUAUUAAUGUGUUUUUUAUUCCUAUUUAAAUUUUAGCUCAUGUUAUUACCAUUAAUUUAGUUUCUUCCUCCUCAUUUGCAUUAUAAUACCCUUCUCCCUGUCAGAGUCCUGGUCUGUGAUCAUCUUGCCAAAUUUUAAAAUCUACACAAAGAGUAUAUACUUGCACUAUUUAUAGUGAAAUUGUGUCCAGUAGCGUUUCUAAAAAUGUUUGAUUCAAAAUUUGAACAUAUUGACAAAAGUUGGUAAGAAACAAACAUGAUGUCUUAGCAUAAAGAAAAUCAAUUUAGGAAAAGGUGCUACUGUUUAAAACAUAUUUUUGAGUAUUAAGGACUGUAUAAUAAUGGACAAAAAUAGUGUUAACCACAUGGAUGUUAAAACUUAAAAGAUUUAUAAAUGAUUUUAGACUGUUUUCUCCUUUAUAUUUGCUAAUAUGGGUGCAUGCUGGUAUUGACAGCUAACAAGAUAUGGCCAAAGGAAUACAGUUUAUAACAAAACAUGGCUAUGCUGUAGCUAACUUUAUAAAAUUGUAAUAUAACCAUGAAAAUAAUUAUAUAUUUUGUUUUUCUGUAGUCACUUAAAGUGGCAGCUACUGUAGUUGCUGAUUCCUUGUUAUGUAAAAAAAAAUCAAUAAAAAUUUAAAUUGUUCUA